CGAGUAGGACGGGGACUUGGAGGAGAUGGGCAACACCAUUACCCCCGACACGCCGCUGAUGAAGAGGCCUUUCACCAUCAGGGUAGUAGCGCAGGAGGAGGAUCCAGCGCCAAAUAUUGCCGGACCACCACCGCUCCACUACCAGUGUAUACACUGUCCAAAGACGUUCCCAAAGAAGGUCCAGCUAAUACUCCACAGUCGUUCCCACAAAAAGGAGAAGAGUUCAAUUUCAAAUAAAUUCUUAUUCUUCGACGAAAAUUUGCCCUUGGUUGUUAUGCCAUUCAGGCUGAGCGAUUUUAAUAGCCGAAAGCUGGAGCAAUUCGGGCUAUAAUUGGUAUUAAUUACUUAGUUAGUUACUUUUAAUAUGUAUUUGAUAUACACCACACAUAAUAUAUCCAUAUAUGUAAAUUUUUUUCGGUUAUUGAACGGUUUUAAUAACUGAAACGAUUUUGAAACAGAAA